AUGUUUAGCCUGUUUUGUUCAAAUUUAAUUCUGAUUUUGUUUUUAGGAAUGUUUUUAAUAGUUAUUCUUAUUCUAAUCAAACUAUUUACUCACCUUUCUGCAAGUGAUGAUGAAGAGCGUUUAAUGAUGGAUGUUUUUCGAGGAUAUAAUUCUUUAAUUUUGCCAAUGCGUAAUGAUAGCCAGCCAAUAAUUGUUAAAAUGACUUUACAACUAAUUCUUUUAAUUAACGUUGACGAGAAGGAUCAGAUAAUGCAUACAAAUGUUUGGCUAACUUUAAAAUGGAAGGAUUACCAAAUGAAGUGGAGUCCAGUAAAUUAUGGCGGUAUAAAGGAUAUACGCGUCCCUCCCGACAAAGUUUGGUUGCCCGACAUUGUACCCCCAGCAAUUUAUAAAAGUUCGUGUAUUAUUGAUGUUGAAUACUUUCCUUUUGAUGAACAAGGUAAUAAAUAA